AUGAGUGCCAAUGGGCUGCUGCGCAAGGAUCAACUCGAACUCAGUCUUCACGACGAGAAGAAGUUGAUCGAGGAAGGCAUUCUCAAGGAAGACAAUCCCCUCGAUUUCAGCUUCAACUUCCAGAAACUAUGCGACGCUUGCAGGAGAGGCGACCUCAGACUAUGCCAGGAGAUGAUUCAGGAAGGGACAAAUAUUAACGCGAAAGACCAGUAUGAUUAUACCCCUUUGAUCCUGGCGAGCCUGUGUGGGCAUUACGAAGUUGUACAAUUAUUGUUAGAGUCGGGCGCAUUGUGCGAACGAGAUACAUUUCAGGGCGAGAGAUGUCUAUAUAAUGCUUUGAACGACCGGAUACGAAAUCUACUGUUACAAUACGACUAUUCCAAGACGACGGAUCCUUUACAGCCAUUGGCGUCACACUUGGUGUCAUUGCUGACCCGAGACCAUCCCAAGACGCAUGAUAUUACCGUCGUCACGCCUACCGAGUCGUUCCGUUUACACAAAUUUAUCCUCUCAGCGCGGUCCCCCUAUUUCAAGAGCAAACUCAGUCAGGCUCCGGACACCAAACUCUGGAAACCAGCCCCCACGAUUCCCCCCCAGUCAUUUGCCAUCGCCCUGAAGCAUUUGUAUCUCGGAGAAGUGCCCAGAGAUCUCGGCGGAGGGCCAGGUACCGGGUUCACGGAUUCCGCGAUCCUUGCCGGCGUUGACCGAAUCAGCAAGCAUUUAGAGAUCCACAACCUUUCACAGUUAAUCCUCGACAGCAAUGACCGUCGAUUGGCAAGACAGCGGCGGCAAGACGAGGUCCAAAGAGGCCGCGACCAACUGGAGCAAUGGUUCCGCGAAAAUGUCCUGAAGCACGCGAUUGAGGUCGAGACCUCGCGAGCCGGCCAUGUCAAAUGGGAUCGCGACAACGGUAUCUUUGCAGACGUGCUGCUCCGAGCCGACGAAGACGAAGUCGAUGAGGAAACUGCAGCAGACCGGCAACCGCAACAAUCUCAAUCUGGCACGAAUGCUUUGGGCAUCCCCCUCGACCAGAAGUCCAACCCAUCCCGCUCGCCCUCUCGCUCUAGGAAGCCACGCAAAUCAAAAAUCUACCCUUGCCACAAAGCCAUGCUCAUCCGCUCCGAAUUCUUCAUGACUAUGUUUGAAUCCUCAUUCCGCGAAGCCCAAGAUACACCGCACCUCCAAAUUGUGCCCAUCGACUGCAGCCCUGAGGUCCUUGGAAUCAUCUUGACGUUUCUGUACGCCGAGAAAGCGGACUUUGGGCUAGAUAUUGCCGUUGACGUCCUCUUCGCCGCGGACAUGCUGUUUCUGGAGAAAGUCAAAGCGAAAGCUGCACUCGUGAUCUCGUCGCUCGGCAGUGGAACUGCCAUGGCCAUGCCGAACGCUUCAUCCCCUGAAAUGGCAACUACCGAGAACGGCACAAAUGCCGACGACUCGGGAGGAGACGAAGAUCUGGACAUCUACGAGAUCCUGCGCGCCGCCUGGCUUACCCGCGUUCAACGCCUUGAAGAAUUCGCCGCACGCUACAUCGCCUACCGGCUCGAGUCUUACAUCGACGACCCGGACUUUGCAGAGCUUGUGAAGGAGUCUGCCGGCCGAAUCAGCGCACGACAAGAAACAGAUUCAAUUGAAUUGCUGGAUGACAUUCGAUACUAUUUGAGCGAGAGGUUCCGAUUGAGGUUUGAGGACUCGGGUCUGGAGGAUGUCAUGGACGAGGAGCAGGCCAUGAUGGCGCAGGCGCUCUCGCAAUCGGAUGGAGAGGUGCAAACCAAUGGACAUGCUGGCGGCGAGUCGACAACAGCACCUGCUGUCUCACUGCCGCAGUGGGGCUCACAACCAGCAGCGGCACAAGCAGACUCCCGGAAGGCUGCACAACAGCUUCCCGACGACGAAGGCGUGGACAUGUCGACGCCCACACCGGCUCCCGCUCCCCUCGUCGACUCCGCAGCCGCUGGACUCGUAGGCGGGCCGGCGUCGAACCUAGGAACAGACCCGGACUCGGUCGAGGCGCUCCUGCAAUCCGGCGCCGUGCGCACGCUCGACGGCGAACUCGCCGGCGACGAAUUUGCCGCCGAUGCCAUCAAUUACCAGAUCCUCCUGGCCAAGAUUGACCGCCUGCUCGAGCGGUUGAAGCUUGAUGCCUGA